AACAGUGGAACUGCAUUGUCUCUAUCGAAGAGGGGAUUCCUCACUGGAUCCAGCCACAGACUUCAGACAGUGGCUCCGAAGUGGACCAGAACCACGUUCCAAGAUGAGCCACCUGCACGCGGGUCUGAGUCCUGAGACCACGGAGAAGGCCCGCCUAGAGCUGAACGAGAACCCGGACAUGCUGCACCAGGACAUCCAGCAGGUACGAGAUAUGAUCGUGACCCGGCCGGACAUCGGCUUCCUGCGGACCGACGACGACUUCAUCCUGCGCUUCCUGCGAGCCAGGAAGUUCGACCAGGCCGAGACGUUCCGACUGCUGGCCCAAUACUUCCAGUUCCGCCAGCAGAACCUGGACAUGUUUCAGAGCUUCAAGGUGGAUGACCCAGGUAUCAAACGGGCACUGAUGGACGGGUUCCCGGGGGUCCUGGAGACCCCAGACCAACAAGGCCGCAAAAUACUCAUCCUGUUCGCCUCUAACUGGGACCAGGGCAGGAACUCCUUCACGGACAUCUUACGAGCCAUCCUGCUCUCCCUAGAGGUACUGAUCGAGAACCCGGAGCUCCAAAUCAACGGCUUUAUCCUCAUCAUCGACUGGAGCAACUUCUCCUUCAAGCAGGCCUCCAAGCUCACGCCAAACAUCCUGAAGCUGGCCAUCGAAGGCCUCCAGGACAGUUUUCCAGCGCGCUUUGGGGGCAUCCAUUUUGUGAACCAGCCCUGGUACAUCCAUGCCAUGUACACCAUCAUCAAACCUUUCCUCAAAGACAAGACCAGGAAAAGAAUCUUCCUGCACGGCAACAACCUCAACUCUCUGCACCAGCUCAUCCAGCCCGAGUGUCUGCCCUCCGAGUUCGGGGGCACCCUGCCGCCCUACGACAUGGGGAUCUGGGCACGCACGCUGCUUGGGCCUGACUACAACGACGAGACCGAGUAUACAUUGACCUACGACGCCCUGCACGUCAGGGAGAGCUGCGGAGGGGCAGGGGGGGACAAGGAGAUGAUGAAGAGGUCUCAGUCUGCAGUGGAACCAGGAACCUUGAGACACACAGACAGAGAAACCAGUACACAGCCGCUACUGGCUCUAGACUGA